ACCUGAGUUGCUCUGAAUAUGAUAAUAUAUUCAACAAGGAAAAAGACCCUUGAUUUGAUCCAGCACCAUACGAAAAAAGAAAUCGUUGGAUUGGUCGUUAUGGUCUGAAACAUCCUGCAGCGCCGAUUGGAUCUUCAUCUUCCUCUCGUAUUUCAUCUGGUACUCAUUAUAAUCAAGCUCCCCACUCAUUGAUGCCUUCAACUAAGUUCAACGCAAAAAAUCAAAGAGGAGUUUCUCAAACACUAUCGCGUGGAGGCUCACGAUCAGCGUCUCAGAACCCCAGUCGAGGAAGUCAGCGUGUAACGUCUACCGGGAGCAAGAAGGAACAACCAACAAAAGGAGCAACCAGGAAUACUUUCGAAAUGUUAGGAGCUACUUUAAGUCCAACAAAAUCGCAGGAUUCGCCUCCACGAGCGUCACCUUCGAAUACAAUACAAGGAUUGCAUGCAACGUCUGCAAAUCCGACACCACAGCAGAAGCAACUGACAUUUCCAGCGAAGCAACCGACAGCACCUCUGAUUCAAACGACAGCACCUCUGAUUCAAACGACAUCUCCACUGAAGCAACCGACAGCACCUCAGAUUCAAACGUCAGCACCUCUAAUUCAAACGACAUCUCCGUUGAAGCAACCGUCAGCACCUCUCAUUCAGAUGACAUCUCCGCUGAAGCAACCGACAGGACCUCAGAUUCAAACGACUUCUCCGUUGAAGUCUCCGAUACCACAUGUGCAACAUCCGACAUCACAGUUGAAGCAACCGACAGAAACUCAGAUGCAACCGACAUCUCCGUUGAAGCCUCCAACACCACCUGUGCAGCAUCCGACAUCACCGCUGAAGCAACCGACCGGACUUCAGAUGCAAACGACAUCUCCGUUUAAGCCUCCAGCACCACCUGUGCAGCAUCCGACAUCACCGCUGAAGCAACCGACAGGACUUCAGAUACAAACGACAUCUCCGUUGAAGCCUCCGACACCACCUGUGCAGCAUCCGACAUCACCGCUGAAGCAACCGACAGGACUUCAGAUGCAAACGACAUCUCCGUUGAAGCCUCCAACAGCACCUGUGCAGCAUCCGACAUCACCGCUGAAGCAACCGACAGGAUUUCAGAUGCAAGCGACAUCUCCGUUGAAGUCUCCGAAACCACUUGUGCAGCAUCCGACAUCGCAACUGAAGCAACCGACAGGACUUCAGAUGCAACCGCUAUCAACCCUGCAUGAUGCAUUCAGUACACCUCAAUUUAGACAUCGAACCCAGCUCGGAGCCCAUGUUCGAUCUGCAUCCCAAGAACCAUACGACCCUCCACUUCCUGUUUCAGCAUCUGGCCCCAGAAGAAGAGGAUCGUAUCCCCACCCAAUGCAAGAUGGGUUUGAAGCAACGUUUGCAGGCUCGAAAAAAAGCCAACCAGUGCCGGCCAUCAAUUUUUUUCAUCAAAGUGGAGACAUGCAAGGGUAUGAUGACAACCAGCAGCAGUUAAGGACACAAAAAGCAGCGGGUCGUCCAGCAGAUUUGACAAACUAUGGGAUUUCUUCCAAUAUUCCAAAGUACGGAGGUCACAGUAGGAGAGAUAAUAAUCAACCGAGAUCAAUAAAACGAUCCGAUUCCCAAGAGCCGGUAUACAAAACGACCAAGAAUCAGCGCGUAUUAUACUUGGAUCCCGAACAGCAGCAAGAGCAACCUUGGAUACCCUAUAGAAAGAAUUCAUAUCCGAACGCAAUGCCAGUGCAAACUGAAGUAACAGGACCAUUUGCAGCAUCGAGUACCUACUUGGAGCAAUUAGGCAGGCAACAUUUUCAAAUGCCGGCAAAUACUUCAAGAAACGUUAACUUAACACCUCAGCAGCAACCAAAAACGCCCCCGACGAUGCAGCAAACUCCAGCGCCAAAUGUACCAGUAAAUGCGGCAGUGAGCACGCCAGCAAAAGUGCCAAUGAUAGCGCCAGCGAAUGUGCCAAUGGACGUUUCAGUGACUCCUGCGGCUGCGAUGACCGACGAAACUGCCAAAGUGACAUCGAGUAAGAAGAAGAAUAAGAAGAAGAAGAAGACGACGGCGAAUACGACGAAUACUAAUACCAACGCCAAUGCGAAUACGAUAACGGAUGCGAAUACGAAUGCUAAUACAAAUACGAAUGCGAAGGAGAGUGUUAGUACGAAUACGAGGGUUUGGAGACCUGAAAUUCCCGACGAAAAAACGAUACAAAAACUAACUAAAAUCAGAAAGGGAGCCAGCAAGUUGAAAAGAGCACCAAUUGAUAGAAUCAAAGAAGGGGAUAUAUCUUCAUCAGAGAAACUGAACGAAAUCAGACAACGAUUCUCUAUCAAGUAUGCUGAUCCACAGCAUAUGAACAAUCAGAUUUUCAUGACUGAAACCGGAAAUUUUCCUGGGGUUGAUACCUCAUCUUUCAACCUUGCUAGAGAUGACUACUCGAAGCAAAUAGGAUCUUAUACGGUGUGUACUUGGGACUCCUUUUUGCAAGAAUAUGCCGUCGACGAUUUUGAUACUUUCGGAGACCCUCAGUGCUUACCCCUUUAUGAGUUUCCAAGUGGUUAUAUUCUAGCUCUCUCGCAAUCGACCAAACAGAACGAGCCUCGGUUGCUGAGCUAUUUACCCACUGGUCAUUACACUCCAUACAACAACCUUUUCGAGGAAACCAACAUAAGGUUUUUAGGAGCCAUCGAUACUGGGAAAGGCAAGUCCGCUUUUGCAUAUUUGCUAAAGUGUGGCCUGUUUCAUCUUCAUGGACGCAUGUGGCUCUUCCGGGACGCUAUGUUCUUCAGCUACCAACGGGAUCCGUUUUACAGAAUCAGUGUUUGGACCAAUUAUGCAUCUCAACUCAACAAGAACAUAUUCAACAGCGAAAAUAAUUAUGGUUUCAAAUGGCUCCAAAUGGUUAUCGAAUCUGGACAAGGCCUCUUCAACGGGUUCGAUCACGACACGUCUUUAAUACACGACUUUUACAAAAAUACACUUCUAAAAAGCCAGAUUAUUUUUGCCCAUGCUUCGCAUCGGGCGAGGCAAGCAAGCUCGAUAGAAUGGAAAACAAAGCAAACUGAAAUUCUUCAAUGGUUUGCGUACUAUUUUGAAAAUCUCCGAAACAUGUUACCCUUAUUCAAUGUCACAGACCUCAAGGAAAUUGAUCUGUAUUAUCUGCUGGACUUGUUUUUCUACGGUUACUGCGGGGUAGUACACACAAAAUGGUUUUCAAUUGUCCUCCCGAACCAUGCUGUCGCUCUCCUUCAAGAUAGGAUGAAGCAAGAGCCAGACAUAAACAAGAAGCAGGGUCAAUGGGAGCCCCAUUAACAACGAAUCCCAAAUGAGUAGUGACUA